GGGCGUUCGCGGCACAGAGCGUCCGCCUGUCUCCGGAGCCAGAUCAGGGAGCAGCUCCAACGGCCGCGCGUGCUCCCCUCAGUCGUUCGCACCCGGCCCUCAGUCCACCAUGCCCGCCGUGGACAAGCUGCUGCUGGAGGAGGCGUUGCAGGACAGCCCCCAGACUCGCUCUUUACUGAGCGUGUUUGAAGAAGAUGCUGGCACCCUCACGGACUACACCAACCAGCUGCUGCAGGCGAUGCAGCGCGUCUACGGAGCCCAGAAUGAAAUGUGCCUGGCCACUCAGCAGCUUUCUAAGCAACUCCUGGCAUAUGAAAAACAGAAUUUUGCUCUUGGCAAAGGUGAUGAAGAAGUAAUUUCUACGCUUCACUAUUUUUCCAAAGUGGUGGAUGAGCUUAAUGUUCUCCAUACAGAGCUGGCUAAACAGUUGGCAAACACAAUGGUUCUACCCAUUGUACAGUUUCGAGAAAAGGAUCUCACAGAAGUGAGCACUUUGAAGGAUCUUUUCGGACUCGCCAGCAGUGAGCAUGACCUCUCAAUGGCAAAAUAUAGCAGGCUUCCUAAAAAAAAGGAGAAUGAAAAGGUGAAGACUGAAGUGGUGAAAGAGGUGGCGGCCGCCCGGCGGAAGCAGCACCUUUCGUCCCUGCAGUACUACUGCGCCCUGAACGCGCUGCAGCACAGGAAGCGCGUGGCCAUGAUGGAGCCCAUGCUGGGCUUUGCCCACGGACAGAUUAACUUCUUUAAGAAGGGAGCAGAGAUGUUUUCCCAAAGCAUGGACAGCUUUUUAUCCUCCGUCGCAGACAUGGUUCAGAGCGUCCAGGCGGAGAUGGAAGCUGAAGCAGAACAGAUGCGGGUGUCCCAGCAAGAACUACUCUCUGUUGAUGAAUCUGUUUACACCCCAGACUUUGACGUGGCCGCACCACAGAUCAACAGGAACCUCAUCCAGAAGGCUGGCUACCUUAACCUUAGAAAUAAAACAGGGCUGGUCACCACCACCUGGGAGAGACUUUACUUCUUCACCCAAGGCGGGAAUCUCAUGUGUCAGCCCAGGGGAGCCGUGGCUGGAGGUUUGAUCCAGGACCUGGACAACUGCUCCGUGAUGGCGGUGGAUUGUGAAGACCGACGCUACUGCUUCCAGAUCACCAGUCCCAAUGGGAAAUCGGGAAUAAUCCUCCAGGCAGAAAGCAGAAAGGAGAAUGAAGAGUGGAUAUGUGCAAUAAACAACAUCUCCAGGCAGAUCUACCUGACCGACAACCCCGAGGCAGUCGCCAUCAAGUUGAAUGAGACGGCUCUCCAAGCAGUGACUCCCAUUACAAGUUUUAGAAAAAAACAAGAAGGCCCGUGCCCCAGCCAGAACCUGGAAAGUUCGGAGACGCAAAAUGACAAGAUUGUUCCCAAAGCAACAGUCAGCGUGCCUGAAACGGAAGAACUAAUUGCACCUGGAACGCCCAUUCAGUUUGAUAUUGUACUUCCUGCGACGGAAUUCCUUGAUCAGAACCGAGGGAGCAGGCGUACCAACCCUUUUGGUGAGACUGAGGAUAACACAUUCCCAGAAGCAGAAGAUUCCCUUUUGCAGCAGAUGUUCAUAGUCCGGUUUUUGGGAUCGAUGGCAGUUAAAACAGACCACACUACCGAAGUGAUUUACGAAGCGAUGAGACAAGUAUUGGCGGCACGGGCUAUUCAUAACAUCUUCCGUAUGACAGAAUCCCAUCUGAUGGUCACCAGUCAAACUCUGAGGUUAAUAGAUCCUCAGACUCAAGUAUCCAGAGCCAAUUUUGAGCUUAACAGUGUCACCAAGUUCGCUGCUCAUCAAGAAAACAAGAGACUGGUUGGCUUUGUGGUCCGCUUGCCCGAAUCCACAGGCGGAGAGUCUCUGAGCACAUAUGUUUUUGAAAGCAACUCCGAAGGCGAAAAGAUAUGUUAUGCUAUUAAUUUGGGGAAAGAAAUCAUUGAGGUUCAAAAGGAUCCAGAAGCAUUGGCUCAGUUAAUGCUGUCCAUACCACUAACCAAUGACGGAAAAUAUGUACUAUUAAACGAUCAACCAGAUGACAGUGACGGAAUUCCAAGUGAAAAUAGAGGCGCAGAAUCUGAAGCGUAACUCUUGUGCCUUUGGGGGAAGAGCACCCAGGAAGGCGAACCACUUCCUUAAGGGUUUUCAACUUCUCUGAUACACAGGCACUCAACCUGGUUUAAGAACGCUGACAAUCGCCAUGGAAUGUACCCUCAAUCAAUGCCUUGGUACAGAGACUUGGGAGGGAAACAGUAAGAAAUGGUUGACAACAUUCCUAGCCAUCUACAAAUGUUAUUUUAGGUGCUUUGUGGUAAGUCCUUUCUUAGAUUGUUAUUGUUCAGUGAGCAGAGAGUUAUGAGAAAAUGCAAUGUUCACUUUAUUUGAAUUUCAUCUCUUUUAUUUCUAGUAUCUUUUUAAAAAUAGCAAAUGCCUAGAUUUACAAUUUGAUAAACACUAAAUAUUUCCUAUUAAUAUAAUCUAUUUUUGUAUUUUACUUAAUAAGCUUUAAGUGCCUGUCAUUCUGAAAAUCGUGUAUUUAUAAUCAAGCUUGUCUCAUAAUUGGACCUAAUAGCAUUAAUUUGUGCAGUUAGGUGACGAGUCCUGCUUCGAGGCCCUAGCACUAGCAAAAAUGCAAGUCUAGUUUUGAUAAUUGUUCCAGGCAUCAUGCAAUAAAAAAAGACUAGCAGAUGAAUAGCACAAAAGAUGUUUGACUUUACAGUGGGUCCUCAGUGAACCAGCAUUCCGAAGUUUAUGGUCCUUUAGAUUUUAUUGUUUCAGUAGUGGAUCUCCCUGGACAGGGUGCAGUCCUGCCAGGUCCUGUUUCUUCUGAGCCAGACCCUCCUCGAGGAAGGAACCAAUUAACUUUAAAACUCACUUGAAGAAGAGCUGGUGGUGGGGCUUGGUGUAAAGUUCCUAUUUCCACUCUGGCACCCCUGCCGAUGACACUACCCCUCUGAUCCCUCUGAUGAAUUAAGUACAGUGAUCUUGAAUUGAUACAGUGUAUUUAAUUAUAACCAAGGUCAACAGAAUGUGAUUGUCUUUGUAAUAAAUUAAC